CAACAGUCGGCAGCUGACAGGUUGAUAAGAAGAGAGUUUAAAAGUGAUUUAAGGGAAGAUGGUAUCAUAACUGCAGUUUUCCGUCAUAGCGCUAACCACAGUGUGGAGUUUGAGCUGUGGGACUCUGUUUCUUGCAGGUUGAGUGUUCAGUUUUCGAGAGGAGAAAAUGAGCAUCAGUGGAAAUACAAACACAGAUUUGUAUAGUCAGUGCGCUGCCGGGGACACCGAAGGCAACGAAACUACGCCUCUAUUAACAAAUGGAUCAGUGCAGACCAGAGCCAGAGGAGCCUCCUUCGCCUCCUCAGUGUUUAACCUGAUGAAUGCCAUCAUGGGCAGCGGUAUAUUGGGUCUAGCUUAUGCUAUGGCCAGCACUGGAAUAGUUGGUUUUUGCAUCCUGUUGGUAGUAGUGUCCAGCCUGGCAGCGUACUCUAUACAUCUCCUUCUGACGCUAUGUGACCGAACAGGUAUCAAUUCAUAUGAAGACCUCGGAGAGAGAGCCUUGCAAAAACCAGGAAAAGUUCUGGUUGGAAUUGCCAUUCUCAUCCAAAAUAUUGGUGCCAUGUCAUCCUAUUUGUUCAUCUUGAAGUCGGAGCUUCCUGCAGCCAUCAGCAGCUUCUUGAGCCCGGACAGCACAGGAAAUGCCUGGUAUGAAGAUGGCAGGUUGCUUCUGAUCCUAGUCACACUUUGUGUUGUUCUGCCUCUGUCAAUGUUGCCUAAAAUCGGCUUCCUGGGCUACACCAGUAGUAUUGCCUUUUUCUUCAUGCUAUACUUUGCAGUUGUGGUUGUGGUGAAGAAAUGGUCCAUCCCCUGCCCACUGCCUCACAACAUGACUACACUUUCUGGUUCCUUCCAGAUAUCAAAUUCCUCUGAGUCAGAAUGCACGCCCAAACUCUUUGUCAUCUCCAGUAAGAGUGCCUUUGCCAUCCCCACCAUGGCCUUCUCCUUCUUGUGCCACACGGCUAUCCUGCCCAUCUACUGCGAGCUAGACCGGCCUACUAAGAAAAGGAUGCAGAACGUUACGAAUGUCAGCAUUGGCCUCAGCUUCCUGCUUUACCUCAUUUCCGCGGUGUUCGGCUACCUCACCUUCUAUGCUCAUGUGAACUCUGAGCUGCUGCUUGGCUACGACACCUAUUUGCCCAGGGACAUCAUGGUGAUGGUGGUUCGAUUGGCCAUCCUGCUCUCGGUGCUGCUGACUGUGCCCCUUAUUCACUUCCCUGCCCGUAAGGCUGUGAUCCUGCUGCUGUGUGGGGGGCGGCCCUUCUCCUGGCUGAUCCACAUCAUUGCAACUGUGACCAUCCUGGGUGUGGUGCUGCUGAUGGCCAUCUUUGUGCCUGAUAUCAGAAAUGUGUUUGGAGUAGUGGGAUCGACAACAUCCAGCUGCCUGUUGUUUGUUUUCCCCGGCAUUUUCUACCUCAAGAUCAGCAGCCAACCCCUCAGAUCCUUUGACUCCGUUGGGGCUUUAUUCCUGGUGGUGUUCGGCGUGAUUAUGGGACUCAUCAGCUUCUCUGUCAUUGUCAUCACGUGGGUACAGGGCUCCUAACCCUCUCUGCCCCCCCCCCCUUUUUUUUCCAAAUUAAGCACAAGAGCAAAGAAAGGGAAAAGCAUGCCAAAGAAACUGAAUACUGGAUCAGACAGAUGUUAAUCAGCAUCACCUCAGGCAGAUUAUUUCUGGUGAAAGUCUUCUCAGUGUUUUUUUUUUCCUCUACUUUUGUGAGGUUUAUGUCAAGCAAGGUGUCCAUUUCCUUUGAACUCAUUUUAUGUUUAACUUUCUGAGAGUUUUUGUAUUGUUCUGUGAUCAUGCACCUUAUGUAAUUCUGCUAAUCCAAUAUUUGAAAAUGUUGUAAAUGUGUCUUAAAUGUGUUUAUGGCACAUUUUCACAGUUUUACAAACACAGUAACUGAUUUUCAUUCCCUGCUUCAUGGCCAAGUGUUUUUAUUGUUAUUUUAUUUUAUUUGGCUUGUUUUUAUUGUUGAAUCCAUGUAUUGAUUUGCAACACCACUUACAGACCUCAGGUGUUUCUGCUGCUACUUGUGUUCUGGCUUUAAUGAACGUGACAAAAACUAAACAUUUGUCGCACAGGUUUUUAAACUGAUCACUUUUUGUUUGGACCAGUUCAUUGAAGUGUACUUUAUCUGGCUGUAACUUACAGUAAUAUAAUAUUAGUCUUCAAAUUACUGCAAUUUAAUUAAAGGGAAAUUGUUUAUCUACUGA